UCAUAAGUAAAAUAUGGCAUCAGGUAAAUAUGGACAACUUAUGUCAAUACUUGAUGAAUAUGCUGCAUCUGACGAAGAAGAAUUGGAAGAAGAGGUAGAAGAAGAACAAGAGAAUGUUGGGGUUACAAUAGAUGAUAUUAAAAAAAUAUCGGCGGAAUUGGGUAUAGUGUCAUUAUGUUGGCCUGAAAUUAAAGAUCCAUAUUUUGAAGGACGAACACAGUUCCCAGAAACAUAUUAUACGAACAAUGAUAAAGAACGUGUAGUGCUGUUGUUUGCUGAAAAUUUUCGUAGACAAUUUAAACAUAAUUAUCCAAAACGUAGUCCAAUUUUAUUGGCAUGCGAUAAUGAGUGUGGAAUUCAGAAAAUGGUUUGUACAACAAUUCGUCCAACUAUGCAUCCUUAUGCGGAGCUUUACGAAUGGAAAGGUUGUGCAAGUUUUGUUGCUGAUCAUGUAAAGUAUGAACCAUUGGAGAGUCCAACCGUGUUGCCACCACGUUUAAUGUCACCAGCCACAUUAAUGACAGUAGAACAUGGAAAUUCUUUUGAAAUCGCUACACUUUUGGUUUCAAUGUUAAUUGGACAAGGUUACGAUGCUUACAUUUGCUCUGGUUAUUCUACACAAGAUAUAGCAUCUAAUAUUAUGGUUCGAACUGCAUGUCCCGAUCAAUUAGAAACUGUUGUGCCACCAAAACAAGAAAUUGUAGAAGAGGUGAAGUAUAAAUUAAGACCCCCGGUUAAUUUGAAUAGUAAAUAUGCAGAAAGGUUAUCACAACAAGAAGCUGAAUUCGAAAAACGAGAAUGGGAACGAAACAGAAAACAAAGAUUAGCUACAAUAAAGGAACUUGAGAAACCACCAUUUGAUCCAUUGCAUGGAUGGCGUGUGCAUGCAUGGGUUCUUGUUUUGCCGGGUAAAAGAGAUGUGACAGAACCAUUUUUUAUUGAACCUUCAACUGGUUUUCAACAUCUAUUAAAUUUUGAAGGAUACUUAGGCUUGGAAUCGGUUUGGAAUAAUGAUAACUAUUGGGUCAAUUUACAAGACUGUAAAAAUGGAAUAGGUGAAAUUAAAUUUGAUUUAAGCGACUUAACAUGUUGGCAACAUUUGUUGGUUGGCGAGCCAAUAUUAGGUCGAAAGAAAUGUAAAGAAUUACCACCAGAAGUGGGUAAUGUUUCAUUAAAUCCAAUUUUUUUUGAGAAACAUUUGGAUAUGCCAACAUCUUGGUCGGAUAUUAUAAAUCUACCAUUUCAAGAGUUUGAAAAACGUUAUCACAAUGGUAAAAAAACAAUAUAUUACAAAAAAUGUUGUGUUGAAUUAUUUUCACCUUAUUUAUUACCUGACGGAUUGGUAAAACGAGCAACAGUUUACGAUGACUACGAAUACAAUGAACCAGCACGUAGAUUUGAAUUUUAUCAAUACCGUGAGGAUUGUUUAAUCAAAUUGGAGAUUGAUUUAGAUAAUGACUUUAUGAUUGCAUACUUUGAAAGAGGUCGUGAAGAUGCUGUUCGAGAACAUCGUUCUUUUCUUAAUGAUAACUCUUUUGAAGAUACCCGCAUAUUGAAAUUUAAUGCAUCAUGUCGCCAUGAUGGUUUGAAAUAUUUAGAAAUGACACCAACUACAUUACAAGAAGAUUUCGUAGAUCGUGAAGAUUUUUUAACUCAUCGUUUUGUAACAUAUUAUGAACGUGGUGAGGCCCCAGAAGGAAUGAAAGAGGGGCGAUAUCGAUUUGUUAUGCAUGUUUUGGAAAAGUUUGCAAGGAAUGAACAAAAACCAGCAGACAAAGACGUGCGUAUACGAGAGUUUGCCGUUGCAGAUGGCCAAAUUAGACUCAAAUAUCAUUACGUGAAAGGUAAAAUUACAUUUACAACGCGAAGCUUUGCAAAACCACCAAUAUCAGAAAUGGGUGAAAAGUUGAAAUUGGAUCUUGAGAAAACUGGUGGCUAUAUUUCCGAAGAAAAUACUAAACCACCACGUCAAUUACAACUGUUUCUAUUACUACAAGAAUUAUUAGAAGAGGAAGAAAAAACAAUGCUUCAUAUUCGACAAGUUGAUGAAAUGCUUGAAGCAUUCUUAAAACAACGACAUCAAGAACUUUCUAAACCAAACUUACGAGUUAGCGUGUUUCAUCCAAAUAGAAAUACUCAUUAUCUGGAACAAAUGUUAAAAAUGGAAGAAGAGCAACGCCAAAAGAGUGAACGUGAAGUAGACGUAAAGGUUGAUUAUUUAGCACCAUAUUUCGCUCGAAUAGGUAGAUCAGUUACCGAUACGGAAUUAACAGAAAAUGAAGCUAAGUCCGUAUACACAGAUUGUAUGAGUGAUUUCAAGACUACCAUAUUAGCAAGAGUUAAUGAUAUGCAACGCCAAUUUAACGAAGUAUCAGCAGAUUUGGAAAAGAAGCAAAAAUGGUAUGCAUCUAUACAAGAUACUUUGACACGCAAUGAAGCUGAAGAAUAUUUUGCCAGUUUAAGCGGUCAAAUAUUUUUAUUGCACUGCUUAGAAUUGAGAUUAGAUCGUCAUAAGGAAUUGGCCCCAGCAAGAUAUUCGGCGUUAAAUCAAGCAUUACAAAUAGAUGAUCGUUUAGUAAAUUUGCGCGGAUCAAAAAAGCCAGGGAAAAAAUCUUUUUUUGGGAUGGAAUAUCUGGAAUAGAGUUUUGGACCCUUAAAGUUGAAAAUCAGAUAUGGAUAUUACACUUACU